CCGGUAACGUGACCAGACCGGCAGAUCUCGCGAGAACGUGCGUGAUUUGCCACGUCUUUUCCUCCAACACGACAGCUUGGAGAAGAACUGCAACAUGCCUCUGCGACUUGACAUUAAGCGUAAGUUGUCGGCGCGGUCAGACCGUGUGAAGUGUGUUGACCUGCACCCCACGGAGCCAUGGAUGCUCGCGGCGCUGUACAAUGGUAACGUGCACGUCUGGAACGUCGAGUCACAGCAAUUGAUCAAGUCGUUUGAGUGCUGUGACCUGCCAGUUCGAGCCUCCAAGUUCGUCCCCAGGAAGAACUGGGUGGUGGCAGGAUGUGUAAGUAUUACAUGGACCUAG